CUUGACAGAUAUCGCCUUCGAAAUUGUUCGGACCUCACGAGUGACUCACUGUGAGUGUCCGUGCCCGCGAAAGCACCGGUUGAACUAAGGCCCGCCCUUCCCGUUCGACGAAAUCGGCACAGCAAUGUUCGACGUUUUGGACCCGCGCAAUUUAAUACAAACCAUUGUACAGCCCAAUAUGCAAUCAUUAGGAGACAUUCGCCAAAGGGCUCAAACCACCCUCGCCCAGCUGACCAUCGCUCAGUCCGACGCCCCGCUCCAACGGAUCGGGUAUGGCUCUUGUGGUAGUGUGUGGGCCGAUUCGUCCGAGUUUCCUGACAUCGACAAAUGUGAAACAGCGCUCGUUCUGAAGCGAGCAGACGGUCUACCAGACCGAUCUCUCGAAAACGAAGCGCAAAUACACAAGCAUCUUCUAUCCAAGAUUGGGGCUCCCCAGGCCCAGGGUAUAUUCACAACUGCUUUCCGCGUCAACAUACCACGACACAUCCAAUUCCUUCAGCCUGGAACACCUAGUUGGACCGAUAUUUUACGUCGCCUACCCCCCCAAUCCGUGGCCUGCCAAGCGCUGGUUAGCGAACGCAUCCUGCCAUUGCCUCGCGAUUCUCGACGGUUGGUAGUGGAGAAGUUUUGGAAUGGCCCCGAGGAUAUGAGGGACUCCAUUGUCAACGACAAGAGAAACGAGCACUGCUUGAUCCGUCUAUAUCUUGGCCGCCGUAGGACCGGGACCCGGACAGGUGCCGGUGGCGAACCACGGCGAAGCAUGCUCAAGUCCAUCAGCCUUCGCAACUACCCCCUUCAUAUCGACCAAGUCGAAGCGCUCGGUCUCCCUGCACACGAAUACGCCAGCGCCAUGGCGGAUUCCCUUGCCUUCCUGCUCUGGGUCGCCGAGAUCGACGCCUGCGAUGUUGAGUUUGUUCUCGCUCGACCCCGCCCAACUGACCUCCCCAUGUCUAACCCUUGUCACUUGGGGACGCGCGCUUUCACCUCGAGCGUCCUCGGACUUCAUGUAUUAUGGAUGCUCGAUUUCGACUGCUGCAAAAAGCUCCCCAUGUCCGUCGACGGCGUUCGACUUGCGGCCGAACGUUUCUGGCGCAACGAUCCAUUCUACCCCAACCCAAACGCCAAGUGUAAGGAAGACGUGGGUCUUUGGGAACUAUUCAAGAGCCGGUUCCUCGAGACGAGCGGGAAGGUGAUGGCCUCUAAAGAUGAAACCAUCCGGCGGCUCCCGGAGCAAUUCAUCACCAGGAUUGUCGAGACCAUCGGGGUUUAUUCGAAAGGGGUUCCGUCGGCAUCUGGGGACACGGGAUGACUCGCCACUAAUGAAAGCCCGGUGGCUAAUACAUAGGGUGCAGUUUUGCGGGAGCCGUCUGAGAAAUCGCACGAGGACGCGGUGAAAUUUAUAUCUAGCGCAUCUCCUCUCCUUUUAGCAAUGUAAUCCAGCUCUAGUUGGCCAUCCUAUACCCUAGCUCCUGUGUUUUGCGUGAUGUGCAUGCUCCGUUGGUGAUAGCGGCAACGUUCUCGCCAGAAUGGUUGCGUCUGGCACGGCGGGUCCCAGGGAGCCGAUUCUGCAACAGGCCAUCGGAGUCAAUGAAGUGGGCGACGAUACCGAGGAGGGCAAAGCAACUAGGUGAGGUCUAGAGAUUGAAGGAGAGAUGGAUCCGUGA